CAUUAAUUAUUUAUAUUUUGAACACUCUGAAGGUGACUGAUAAUGUUGGCUUCAUCAUGACCUUGGAACUGGACUUCUAUGGGUUGGAUGUAAAAGGAAACCUGUUCCAUUAUUUCAUUUACGAAGCUUGCGCUUUCUGUACCCAAUUCUGGGUGGCAGCAAUGUAUGGUAUUACCCUGGCCACCAUACAAUCUAUAGUUGAUAGCUCUCUCACAAUGCUUAAAGUGGUGACGGAUCGGCUGAACAGACUGCAAGAGUUUUCUGGACCGUCUUUAAAGCAAGAAUUGUCGGAAAUCAUCGACUUACACGUGCAUGUCCUAAGUUGCUUGGAACAAUUUGAAAACUACGUUAGUCUGGCAAUGCUGAUGCAAUUAUUCAACUGCGUUACGAUCUGGAUUAUGUUGGUUUUGAUUUUGAGCAGUAGCUUUGACUUGAAUACGUUAAGUGUGCUGGUUCUGCUGGUGGUAACAACCGGCGAAACAUAUGCUCUUUGUAAAUGGGCAACGGAGUUAAGUGAUGCGAGUGCAACUGUAGGUGACGUUGCAUCUCAUGCACAGUGGUACAAUAUACCAGCGGCUGAUCAGAAGGCAGUUGUAUCAAUCGUGCUGAGAGCUCAAAAGCGCGAAGGAAUUAAGGUGGCUGGUUUCCAGUAUUUGGAUAUGGAAUCGUUUGGAAUGCUGGUUCAAAGGACAUAUUCGACUUUCAUGGUGGUGCGAGAUAUGCUGUAAACUGGCUCUUUUAUUAAUAACACUACUGCUGUUAUGUAAAGUGGGAAGUUUUGUACAGAUUUUCAAUGUAA